CUCAAAAAUCAAUUCAAGCUAAACUAAUGUUUGUUGUUUUUAUUGGGUGACACUCUAAUGCAAUGAUUUUUUCCCUUGCUUCUUGAUUGUUUGUUUGUUCGUAAAACUCUUGUUUUCUCGAGGAAGAGAUCAUUGACCCUGUUUCAAGAAGACAAGUAAAGAUAUUAAAGAAAACAAAGGCACAUUCCUUUGUACUUUCUAUUUUAAGGAUAACCAACGUUUUGUGUGACUUGAGAAUGCAGUAAUCCUUCCUUUUUCCUUUGUUUCUUUUACCGCCCUUUUUUUCUUUUCUAUAAGAUGAAAGAUGCUAAAAUUCGCGAGUAUACAACUGCAGAUCACCAAAGGUUUAAACAAUUUUACCUGAGCAUGGAGAACAAAAAGAAGCAAGGCCAAGUUUUACACGCUUUAAGACAAAGAGCAAGUGCUAAACGAGUGUGGCACGCAGGACUUGUUGGUAUCUUGGGAAUACAUUUAUCACAAUUCAUGCAAUCAAUUUCAAUCAAAAACACAUUGUUUCUGGUCUCUGAACUUUUAUUAUGGAGUGCAGGCGUAGGCAUAGUAUGGUAUAGGUGGAUUAGUCAGGAAUAUGAAGCUAGAUUAGCCAAUAUUUGUGAACACAUGGCAACCGAGUUAAACGGUAUUCAAAAGAACGAAAAAAGCUGUGCCUGGGUUAUGGAGAAAGACGACCAGAUUAUUGGUACAGUAGCAUUGAAAUACGAAGGGGGGACAGAAGGCAAAAUUGGAUACCUGACAGGCUUAGAUCCACAAAUACGUCUAAAGUUGGUUCAAAAUGCUAUUCGUUUUGGUCGAACAAACAAGAUUGACGUAAUAAGCAAAUGGCAAGAUGACUUGAAAUGGUCCGAAAGUGCACUAUAAACUACACAUUGAUUUUUCCUUUUUCUUUUCUAUGGCAAACAAACAAUCUUUAUUUUUAAUUCUUUAAACUUGUAUACCUAUUCCCUCUCUUUCUUUUUUAAAUCUAAUCUCUUUUCUAUUAUCC